AGCGCGCGUACGCAGGCGCGUACUCCUUCCGUCUGUCGCCCUGCAAUGGUGAGCUCAGUCUCGCUCGCGGGUGUGCUGGGGCUGCUACUUGUGUCUGCGCUGCCUGGGGUCCGCGGAGACCACCUCAGCCCCGACCUCCAGGCACAGCCAGGGGACCCCGCCCAGAUUGGCCCUAGGGCCACGGAACCCUGGCAGCAGCCGCCGCCCAAGGACCAACGUGAGCGGGCCCUGGCCAGGGAGUUGCCUUUGGGGGCGCUGUACACCGCGGCAAUCGUGGCUUUUGUGCUGUACAAGUGUUUGCAGCAGGGGAAAGAUGAGGCUGCUGUUCUUGAAGAGAAGGCAGGCAAGAAGGAAUCAUUGCAGUCAGAGCAACAGCUGGCCCAGUUGACACAACAGCUGGCCCAGACAGAGCAACACCUGAACAAUCUGAUGACUCAGCUGGACCCCCUUUUUGAGCGUGUGACUACCCUGGCUGGAGCCCAGCAGGAGCUUCUGAACAUGAAGUUACACACCAUCCACCAGCUGCUACAAAAGAACAAGCCAAAUACGGGUGUGGAGAUUUCAGAAUCAGAGGGCAACACACCCUUUCCUGAGGACUUAUGUAUAAAGGAGGACGAGAUGGAAGCUGGUGACAGUCAGGCCUGGGAGGAGCCCCUGAACUGGAGCACAGAGACAAGGAACCUAGCUACUCUCAGGGGAAUGGAGCAGGGGCUAAGGAGAAGAUGCAGCAAGGCUGUGGCAAAGGGCCCCAGUCACAGCCCCUGCCAAGGAGGGACAACAGCUGAAGGUUUAGUAAAACAAAGUCUGUUUUUGUGACUGGA